AUGCUCUUCACCUUGAAAGGCGCCAAGCUUUUUUGCAGGCGUCUCUGCACUUAUUNCCAGGACAGCAAUAUUGGUAUAACAUGUGAUAAUUCAACAUUUCGCCAUAAGGUAAUUAAGCCUGUGAAACAACGUGUAACUCCACUGGAUCAUACAGAAACUUUUAUAAUUGAUCAAUCAUCAAAUUCCAACUCAGAAAGCUUGAUUCUUCCAACAAAUAGUCGACCUUCAAACAUAGCUCCUAUUGUUAUUGAUAUACAGGAUUCAAACUCCGGCUCAAACUUAGUUACUUCGAUACUCAUGAACCCCGCAGUUGGCUGCAAAAUAGCGUCGUCUAAACCAAACAAAGCACAAUCCGCUAACUUAGAUAGCAAACCCAACAUAACUACUUCGGCAUUCCCAUCUUUGAAACAAAAAAAACUCAAAAAGGAGAAAAAACGCAGAGAUAAGGUUGACGUCAAUGCUCAAGGUGGUAUAGAUAACAUCGAUGGUGUCAAAAUGUCUGCUGUAUUAGAUGAAAAUUCAUCCAACCCACAACGUCGUCAGCAAUCUGGGGACAAUGCAGAACAAUUUACGUCCUUUGUUAAGGAAGACAAAUCUCGCUUAGCAUAUCCAGAAAUCCUUUCACUUCUGGAUAACAGCUCAGUUAGCUCUAUGUUUCCUCCAGAAGGCUCUACAAAUCCUGUUGAUGACACAAAUAAAGUAAAGUCAUGGACUAGUAACAGUAGCCAUGCGCCUUUAAACUUAUCAACAUCUGACUUAACUUUCACUGGAAAAUUCAAGCAAGGCAAUACAUUGCCUUCGACAACUUCUGGCAACGAAUUAAUUGUGUUCAAUGCGCACCGUCGCACCGUUUCUCCAAAACAGGUUCCUACAAAUAGCUUUUCAUUACAAACUGGACACUCGGCAACAAAAAUUAUGCCAUGUCGAGAAGUUGGCUCAAAUUCUAAUGACAGCAAUUCGAAUAGUCAAGCUUCUCAAAUGGAUCUCAUCGAUAUAGUUAGUAAUGAUAAAAUUGUGCAUGCUUUUCAGGCCCAAAGAAAACAAGAUAGUUCGAAUCCCCAACAAAAAACAGUUGGGGCUGCAAACAUAUCAACGUCGCAAGCAGUACCAGCACCGGCUAUGGAAGCUACGAUUGUUGCGGCUUCAAAUACUCUUGUUUCGUCGGACAAAAAACUACCUAGAAAGCGAGGUCGUAAAAAAGGAUCUAAGGGUGUUGAUUCUGUUAUUGCAAAAGAGACAAGUCUCACUUCCCAAAUGCUCAUGACAUCUUUGGGUAGUGGAAAUAAAAAGGUCAAAACCACAAAAGAGCUGUAUGCUGAAAUGCAAAACCGAAAAUUAGGUAUAGCCGUCACUUCGUCUUCGCCGACUUCAAGCGGCUGGCCAGUACCACAGCAACAAACCUCUCGUCCCACAUCAUCUUGUUCAGAACCUUCCUUGCAAUCGCCGCACACAUUCGAUGCUUGUUCAACUAAUGCUACUAUGUCUAUCGGGACGACACGAUUUACACCUGAUAAUUUCCUAAAUAAUACACAUGCUGACGAAGGUGAAACUACUAGCGAUACAGUCACUUCAGAACCAUCACGCGAUAGAUCCGCAUUACCUCAGCACUUAAAGCGUUCUUUAUCCAUUGAUAGCAACAGUAAUUCACAAUUCCUUUCUUCAGUAAAAAUUACUGCUAUUCCGCGGUCUACGACCGAAAUGCAAAGUAGUGAUACCGCGAAUCAAAUUGCCGCCGUUGAGAGACAGUUGCUUGAAAUCUUUAAAAAAUUGCCACCUGUACCGAAUAUAACUGCUAUUGAGUUGAAAUUUACGGAAGAAUCAAUACCGUGUACUUGCAAAAUUACUGAAAUUUCUCCAGAAAACCGUGCUCAAAAGGAAUCUAUUAAAGCGCAGGAAGCUGAAAUAGAGACUAUAAAAGUAGUACCUGAGCAAAACAAUAGGCAAAGCGCUUCUCAAGAGCGAACCUUUGAUAAAACGGUUGUAAGGAGUGAGGCAACUGGUGGAAGCACUAUAAUUCCUGGGGUAUCUGAACUAAAGCACAUGCCACAGGAGACGUCUCCAUCACCCUCAACACGUCCAAAGCCUAAAAAAUCCAUAUUCGACCUAGAUUUCGAUGAUGAUGAUGAUCCACUAAACACUUUAAAAGCUGAAGCCGCUGCUGCCAUUUUAGAAAAAGAGAAUGUAGACGAAACUCUUAAAAUUGAAGAGCAAGCAGAACCACAAGUGAGUACCACAGUCGUAAAUCAGUUUGAGUCACAGUUACUCGACUAUAAAAUGUCCAUUGAACAAGCAAUGAUUGAGGAGGCACCAAUGCGUAUAUUUCCCACGUAUGAAGUAGAAGAGGAUCCCCUUUGUAUGGCCAAACAACGUUUCGACAUACAAACGCAAAAAAUUACAAAAUUUCACAUUGAUGCCUUACAUAAUUGCUUCAUACCGAACGUAAACGGUAACUGGGAUAAUGCAAAUAGCACCAUAGGCUCUAAAGUGACACUGGAUGAAGUCAUAGCAGCCGUUGAUGCCGAGACCGGAUAUGUUAUAUCCGAUGGCUGCAAUGUUGUUCCAAAGUACGGUUCCCUUGUGAAAGAACGAAUCCGUAAAGAUUUAAGUCAUAUAAGUUUUUCCAAAAAUUAUAAGUCGAAAAAGGUAACUGCUACCAUGGAGCAAAUGUACGUCGUACCAUUUCUGGGUGUUGCUCGUUCAAUAUUGGUCUUCGAGCCUAAAAAGUAA